AAAGACAAAAAAAAAAAAAAAAACCUAAAGCUGAGAGCGAGAUCCCGCGUGCUGUGUUAAGGACAUAAUUAUGAACAGUCAAAGCUUUCCAGUUCCUCACAAGAAGUUCUCAGUUGAUAUAAAGGGAAACAAAACAGAUAUAGUCCUAUGCAGUUACGAUGAUCAUUUUCUUGUUAUUGCUACUCAGAUAGGAACUAUGGGGACAAUCCUGCAAGCCAGGAAAGAGGAAGGAAUGUCAGUCAAUCCGACUUUCAAUGUGUCUGUAGUAUUUGGAAAACGAGAUGAGCCAAUGCUAGUGGCAUGUGCUCGUCAGUUGGUUGAACACAUAAGUCGCUCUGGCUCCUCUGAGCCGCUGGUGCUUUCUCUUGGCCUUAAAGAUCAUUCUGUGGAGACAUUGAAAGGAAUUGUUUCUGCUGUCACUGAGAAUCGCCUUUGGUGACAGGAAUGUUGUUUUGUUCGGACGUUUUCCUCAGAUUUUGCAUACAUUCAAGUAAUACAACCU